AGCACUUCUGACUGACACGCAUUCACCUGUUGUUCCAUCAAAUGUGAGGAUAUCUGUUGCCUCUUACCAAGAAAUUCAAUGGGAGGAAGGAGGUUUCCAGACAACACUUGACUUUCUGAGUGUCUGACCAGAGCAGACAAACUCAUCUGAACAAAGAGGAGAGACACUAAGCUGCAUUUAUCAUGUCAGUCAAGCUACCCAAGAGGCUGAGCAGCAAAAAGAAAAGUAUGAUCAUACCUCUAAAGGACAAUGCACAUGCGGAGGUUUUUAAUAAACUUGGUCUGGAGGCCUUCUGGACUAAACCAUUGGACCCAGCAUCUAUGUUGGACAUCAGCACUUGGAACCUGGAGAACCAAGCUCCUCUGGACCCAAAGGAUCUACCAAAUGCUUUCCUCCAACGCCUUUGGCUGCUGAGCCCAGAUGCCCGCAGUCCCUUGUGCAAAGCUCAGCAUGAUGCAGACAAAUCAUCUGAGGAAAUGAUUAAUGGUUUUGAAGGAGAAAAUCAAUGUGAAGUAAACCCCCUUGAUUUGGUUUCAGCUGUCUUUAUGUCUGCCAACUCUUUCCUUCAUCAUGAGAUGGCUGUGCGCAUGGUGCAAUGUCAAUUUGCAGUGCCUCUGGUUCUUCCAAACAUAGAUCCAGAAGAGCCCAGUCAUUACCUCCUUUGGCCCUUGAGAGGGGUUUUAAGCCAGUGGAGGUCUCACUUUCCAGAUAGAAACGGAAAGGUCCAGGAGGGGGAUUUGGCAAGCACACCCAUGCCAGUGAUUUCUUGUGUGAAGCUUGGUCACUGUGGUGUUUCGAAGUCACAGGUACUAAAUACUGUUAUAGGUGGAGAAACAUUUCUCCACAGGGGUAUGGAUGGAGGACAGAUGCCGAGAAGACUCUCCAAUGGCUUGGUAGAGAUUGGGUGGUAUCUACCUACUGGAGAUCUUGCAAGAGACAUUUUUCCUGUCCCUGUGGUCAUCUCUAACCUACGUGGUGACGCCAGUACACAUGAGAAACACCUCAGCUUUCUUUGCCAGGCAUCUUCAGCUGUUGUCAUUUUCUGUGGGGAUCUUAAAGAGAAAGAAAAACAGCUUCUUGCUUCAUGCAAUCAUAUGGCAAACAAGCUCAUACUGAUUGACCUGUCUGACAAAGAGACAAAUGACAACAGGGUUAUUGGGUUUGCUGAUCAGAACCUUAGUGAAUACUUGGGGCUUCCAGAAGGUUCAGUUAUUCAAGCAAAUGCUUUGACUCAGGAGGAACUGUCUAGUAGGCUGUCUGAAAUCCUGAAAGAUCUGUUACCAGAUAAACUAAAACUUGUAACACUUGAGACAGCGGCAAAACUAGCAGAGGAGCAAGGCCUCAGUGUAGAUGAAGGGGCAGUCUGUAAAAAGGCAAUGGCCAAAGUAGAGGAAGUAUUGAAAGGUUUAGAUGAGGGAUCUGCCAAAUUUAGGGAUGAACAGCUUCCCUUGCAAGGGUCUCUUUGGAGCAAACUGGCCAAAAUCGAAAAGGAAGAGAAAAAACAUCAAAAAGAGAGUAAAGACAUCAACUCACAACUACAACAAGAAAAGAAAGACAUCUUGGUAGCAUUGAGCUGUUACAAAAUGACCCCAGCAAUGAAGGUUUUCACUGAUGUGCUUUUCACAGCAGAUAAAGUGGAGAGGUCAUGUUUUCUUACGUGUAUGAAGCUGAAGCUUACCCAGAUGCAAAUUGAAAAACAAAACAGUCCCCAAGAUUUAUUCACAAAACUGCAGACAGAAAAAAGUGAUGACCUGACUGGAAAUUACAAUGUGCUUGGAAAUGGAGCCAAUGACAUGAUAGAUGAAAGUGAUAGUUUCUGCACAGAUUCAACAUUUGAAGAAGACGACAGCGAAGAACAACCUGUAAAUACUGAACUGCAAGUUUCAGGGCAAGAAAUGGAAUUAACCCAAGAGUUGCAGCAUAUUUUGCUGAAGUACACAGAGAGGACUACAGAACCACAGUCACAAACGAAGGACAAUAUUGAGUCCACAUAUGCAGUCAUAGAGCAGCAGUUACCUAUGAUGUCAAUUGAGAAAAGUGAAAAGAAGACGAAACACAAAGUACAUUUCGAAGAAGAAAUUUCCGAUCCAGACUCAAAGGACCAAAACUCUCAUUCCCCGUCUCAAGAAAAUGGAAUCUUAAUCUGCCAAGGGAAACAGACAGAUGAAUCAGAGUUUACACUAGCAGAGUCAAGUACAAAAAAUUCUGCGAAGCAACAAAUGUGUCAAGAUGUUUCCUUUGAUCAUCAGGUAGCCAAAUGUUCACAUCCUUCUGAACUUGAACCAUCUUGGCUGGGCCUUGAGCACUUCUUGCGCGAGAUGGGCCUAAUUUUUGAGUUAACACACAUUAGCCCUGGCAGUGGGAGCCACAAUGUGUUGCGUCUCCCUAGCAUAGCUACAGACCUUCUUCUCCAUGGAAUUCCACUUGAACUGAUGGAUGGAGAUGCCUCAAACAUCCCAAUCCGGUGGCUUGCCUGCGUCUUAGCAGAGCUUAAACGUCGCCUACCUCAAGACCAGUGCAGGACCCGAGUGCUGACAAACCUUGGUGUACAUCAUGCACAAAACGCAGAGGUUCUUUCAGCACUAUUUGGGGUGAAAUUUCCUGAAGGUAGGAAAAGAUCAACUAGAGGGUUGUACAUGGCUGCCCUUUGUCUCCCUGAUUACCUAAGAGAAGACAUGGAGUGUGAUUUUUUGUUUUUGGUUGAUGCUGAAGGCCUCUGCUCAAAGUCCCUAGGCAACAAAGGAAGCACGCUGAUUCAUGACAAUGAAAUGGCUACUGUUGCAACAGGAUUUAGUGAUGUUUUAAUGCAUAACAUCUCUUCACAUUCAAGUGCUGAGUUUGAAACCAACUUCACAGUGAUAGUCAAUGCUCUCCUGCGCAUCAAAGAAUCUGCCUCCAUUCCCAUUUGCCAACUCUUGGUGCAGGAUGAAGGAAUAAAUAACACAUUGCAAACAUCACAGCUAAGGCGUGUUUCUGAGAUGCUUCAGACAGAGACUCGGGAUCAAGUAACUAACAAUAUUGAUCACCAUUAUGCAAAGACCUCAAGCAGCAUCACCUAUGUCAAAGGACCUUGGCAAAAUAGAGCUCUCUCUCAACCAGUUGAUACAAAUUAUAGUAAUGCUAUGUUAAAACUAAAGCAAAACUUGUUUGGGGCAUUGAAGAAGUGUUCAGAGAAGUCUAAAGCCAAAGAACUGCCUGAGCUUUUUAGCCAUUUAUGUGCUGUGUGGGAUGCAGUGAGAGCAGAAUCCUAUUCUAUUGGUCUGCAAAAUACUGACAUAGCUUUGGUAUUCUCUUUAUUGUGCACAGAGCUUUCUCAGUGGGAGGAUAGAGUUCUGGAAAACAUGGAAAAUUGGCUCAAGGAGGCAAAAAACAAGAUCUUUGCAUCAAAGACAAAGGCUUUAGAUGCAAAAAUCCAAAAUGACCUUCUGAAUGAGCUAAAGAAUGAAGCCGGAGAAGAAGUCAAAGCAGAGGUGGUCAAACUCAGGUCCAAAGUAGAUGCCUAUAUGAUGAAAGAAGACCAUCUCAAAAUGAACACAUUCAAGCCAAUCCUCAUGAGCAAUUUGGAUGAACUCCAGGAGCGAGUAACUGAAGAGAUGAAACAAAGGUUGGAGACAGUCACAGAGAGCCAUUGCUCUUCGACACAGCUGCAAAAGUUUGAGACUUUGUUGGAAUCAGAACAGCAUUCAAAGCUGCAUGCACUGUUGGAGAACAGCAGGUCUACAAACGUUCUCCUUAAAGAUACAGAACUAGAAGAAGAAUUUGAGAGUGUGUGGGAUAAGACAAUGUCCAGUUUUGACUUCAGGCCUUCAGGAACUGAUGACAUUACAGCAAGAGUGACUGAUAUUCUGAAAGGAAAUCUAAUCAGCCGUGGGCUUCAGAAACACAUAAAAAAACUGGAAGAUAUCAGCCCAAACCCGACACCUACAUUCCAGGUUUAUGAUGAGCACUUUGGAUACCGUAGCAGAUUGAAGCACAUGUUUGAGGAUAAUAACAGGCUACAAAGGUUGGAGGCUCAAAAAGUUGCAAGCGAUAUCAUAGAAGAAUAUAGUCAGUUUGUAGCAGCUAAAUCUAGAUUAACAGCAGAUUUCUCUGACAGCUAUAUUACUGAAAUGUUGGAGAAUGUCGAAAAAACUUUGAAAGAUAAAUCUUUCGAAAUCAGAUCUGCUUUUGAAGUGGAUCUGAAAGCUUAUCUCUGUAGCUCUGCAUGUCGAGACUUCCAAAUACUACAUGAUCGCUAUGCAAAGGACACAGAGCUUCUGAUGUGUCUCACUGCAAACAAGAGUAGGUACUUGGCACAGUUUAUGUACCAGUUCAGGAAAAGAGACCAGUGCCAGAAAAUGGCUCAAGCAUUCACCUCCAUGGUCAUUAAACCUACAGUCUUGGACUACAUUUAUAGGCCACUGGGGAAGCGAAUUGUCGAGGAGAUCAGAGAUAAUGCCCAGCAGUAUCACUCCUCACAUGACUUCCACCAAAGCUUACUCGAAGAGUUGUUAAAGGAGGACUGCUUUGAAAAUUUCCUGGAAUAUUUGCUAUCCUUUGACAACUUUAGACAGAAAAGGAUCCAGAAGUCAGUAUUGGCUCACCUCUCUGAAUCCACCAACUUGAAUAAAUGGAGGCAACAGAGACUUGGUGAAAUUGUAGGAAAGAUUGCAGCAGCAGUGAGCCAAACCCUGGAAGGUACCAGUGGAGUGCUCAGCGGUACAAAGAUACUGUUGGAGAGCGUGUGCCUCACUUUAGAGGAAGAUGGGGAUGUGGAAGUCACAAGGGCAGUGCUAGAUGGACCUCUCUUCAGUAUCACCACAGAAUGGGAUCGUUUUGUCACUUGUCUAAUGGAGUUACUGGCUGAAAUUCGCUUGGACCUAGCUCAGGAAUUCUCCCAAAAUGUGGACAGUAACCAACUUCUUCAGUGCCUUCCAGUUCAGCCGCAAGACUCUCUUUUCAACAGCGUGAGAGGCUGUGAACAGCAAUGUCCUCUCUGCAGAGCCCCCUGUGAGCUGACAGAGAUGGGGCAUGAGGUCCACAUGGCUUUGCUCCACAGGCCAAGAGGUAUGGUUCCAUAUAACUCGAGUUCUUUGUCCUGUAUUACUUUCCCUGGAAGCAUGACCGAGGAGAAUGCAGGCCAAAAAAAGGACACACACAACAUGUCUAUGGCGGGGGAUUCAUGCAGAAGCCUUCAUUCCUUAUAUCCAGAAUGGAGCACCUCCACAGAAAACCCAAACGACCAGAUGCCGGGUCCCUACUGGAGGUAUGUGUUGGCGAGGUUCAAUGAGAGGUUUGCACAAGAGUACGAGCAGGAGCCGGCAAAGAUUUCAGAUGAUUGGAAGAAGAUCACUGAGGAGGAGGCAUUGAACAGUCUGAGUAUGGGCUUCCUGACUCAACAGUAAUACUGUCCUGAGCAGAAGCUACCUUUAUAGCAUGUGCAUGUGGUAGAAUAAUGCUCAAGUUUUAUUUUUUAUAAACUGGUCUAGAAGUCUUUAACAUGAAUCAUCCAGGAUGCUGUCGUUUAUAAUAAUUAGCUCUUUGUAUUUCCCAUUCUGCCUCCUAACCAAGGAACAAGACAAAUCUGCAAGCUCAUGUUUAGUUUUCAUGUUUGAUGUGUCAGGUCACCAUACUGUUUUUGAACCAGACAAUGCUAAUAUCAAAAGAAAAUGAAACCCGAGGAAAAAAUGUAUAUAGAAGUGAAAUUGUAAAGCAGUUAGCAUUGAAGUAGAGUAUAGAUAAAUAUAAAUUAGCUGCCUUUUAUCUAUUGAUAUUUCUUUUUUUGCUGUUAGUUUAUGCCAAUAAAUAUUGGUUGAAUUGCAUAUAUUCUGUUGACAUGUCGAUUUGGUUGGCACUAAUUUGUUUUGUUGAAAAUUACUUCUUCUAAUUCAGCUCUGAUUUUGUUGACAUUUUAUGAACCACUGUUUCCCUCCAAACUAUCGUUCCUGGGAAAUUUUGUAUGACCUGAAAGGCACCAGACCAUUUUUCAAAUGUCAGUUCAAGUAUUUGGAUAAAAUGUGUCACUAGUUGAAAGCUUAAACCCUGUUUUCAAAAAGUAGGAACACUGACAUAUUGUUCAUCUUUCAUUGCUUCCCAGUUGAAGGCUUCGUUAUGAUAUUAACACUAUAAAACAGUCAUGUAAGAUAUGGUUGGAUGCUAUAGUGUAAGUUCAUGUCUAACAAUAGCUGGCCAUUUCUUUAAAAUGUGAUUUUUACUUCGAUAUAUUAAUUGAUGUCCCUCUGGACUUUGUCAACCUGUUGGAUUUAACUUGCUCAGUCAGAAAGUUUAACAAUUUGUAGGAUUACCUUCAUUUAUGUGUGACAUUUUCUGCCACAACACAGCCAUUUACCUUCCUUAAAGGGAUUUGUAACAUGAAAGUUUAUGGGUGGUUAUGAGCAGAGAGAGCUUGAAUUCUCUCUUGUGGAAACAUAGACUGAAGCACUGAAACAUGUACUUGCAUACACUUAGUAUAAAUUAAAUACAUGAAAAGAAUGACUGGAGGCAGAAGUCAAAUACUGAUAACCACAAGAGGGCAAUGUUUGAUGGAUUCUCUGCUGGCUCAAAGCAUGAGAAGGAUGUCACCUGGAUUUAGUACUGCCAUAUGAGCAUGCAUAUCUAAAGGAAUUGAUAAUUGCUUGCUAGGCUUUAAAAGCGCAGAGGGUUUUAGGCUCUGACCCAGGUGAUGAAAUGUCUCUGAAUUUGCAAGAUUUUGUAUUCCUUUAUGACGUAUUCCUAUAUUGUUCCAGCAACGACUGGCAGUAGAGAAUAAACAAUGUGCAGCACUUCAGAUGCCAAAGAGGAUCCAGGAGUCUAAAACCCUGUUUAACUAUUAAUAAUUCAUGCCCCCCUUCAGUUCUCUUCGGCACUUUGAAAUGAGGGUGCUGUGUGUCUAACUUUGUCUUAAUAUGCCACACUAGUUUCAGAAAAUUAUCAUGCAUGCAUAUAUCUUGAGCUGUGUCAUAAAAUGAUCUUUUUCUUUUUAAGUAACA